GUCAACCUUUCGAACACGGACGUCGGAGAAUGCAGCAAAUAUGUUAGGAGCAUCUUCUACUGCUUCUGCUGCAUCUGCUUCGGCUGGCAGUCCUGCAUAUGGAUCAUCCUCAGCUGCAGGUGCAGAUUCAGCUUCGAGUUCGAGUGCAGCUGUUCUUGGUAAGGGAACUCAAGCUGAAGGCGUUGAUGGAAGUACCAAAAGGAAGACCAAGAAAAGAAGAUUAUCCUCUUCUCCCUCUGCCCUUUACAACAGCUAUCCUACUCCAGGACGAAGUGCCUCUUCUGUAGCAUCGCCUUCUUAUUUUAGCCGCAGACAGACAUGUUAUGCCGCAGACUACAAGGCCUAUUCAACCUGUCUAGGUGAUGCCUCAGACAUGCGCACUAGCGGAGCUGGCAAGGUAUUCAUGACUUUGCGCAAAGCGAUUCUGUUGAGGGACACACACUCGUCCCACUCCCACAGGAGCGGAGCACCAGAAGCUCCAGGACUGCUGCCAAGAUAUGUAAUGAGAAGCCCGAGAAGAAUACCGACAAACUUCUUCAGGUAUGGGAAUUCUGGUGGAGCACGAACAGGAGCUGCAGGAACGCCUGGAACCGCAGGAAUAGGAGUUGGAGGUGGAGGUAUAACUGGUAGAAGUAGAGACUAUGACUAUCCAGGACCACAAGGCAAUACCAGAACUACAAGCGGAAACAACUACAAGAGAAAAACAAUUAUGUGAGCAGGGAAUUCAUCAUCUCCAAAUGAGUCAUCUGAGAGAGAGAAAAAGACAAGAGGAAAAAGGGGACCCAGAUGAUCCCUGAGAUGAAUUCCCGAUACCUCUAAAACAAGGAAACUAGAGGACAACAACUAUAAUAGAAGAACAAGGAAACUAGAGGACCUCAAGACUGCUAAUAUGGCAAAUUAUGUGGACAAUCUCGCAAAAACUAAUACCCCAGAGGAUGAAACUCCACCGAAAUUUUCUGUCCAUGUUAAACUUGACGUAGAGGGUUCCGAAUUUUCCUUAUUAAAAGAAAUAGCUCAAGAUGCAGAGCUGAGAUCAUGGGUUCGAACUUUAGAUGCUGAGUUGCACUUCAAUUAUCGAGCAGGCACGUUCUGGCAAUACCCUCAUCCACGAUAUGGAAGUUGGAUGUCCUCGAGCUCAUCCUCGAGCCCGGGUGUGGGCGUAGGUCGCCAAAAACUAGAUGAAUAUUUGAAAGCGAUGUUUGGAGGCGGUCCUGGAGGCGGUCCUGGGACUGGUGAUGCGGAGGCUCCUCGUGGAGGAGGAGGACGUAGGCUAGAAGGAGAAGGAAAUCGUACUAGUAAAGAUCAUGAGAAGGUGAAGGACGAGGGCAGAGCAAGAACAAGCAGCACCUCCAGAACAAUUUCUGCCCCUCAGAAUACAACUUCUAGCUCUACUACUAGCACAGCCACAACUUCUUCUACGGAUACCACCAGUUCUUCUUCAUCUGCGGGGAUCGAUCCCCAGCAGUUCUCCAUGGAAGAGCAGUUUGAGGUUGAAGUUGCGAUCAUAGAAGAGUUUGCGAAGUAUUUCCACAUCUUGAUGGUUGAAGUUGUGAAUCAACACAAAUUUCCCUAUCAAGGAUUCCCUUACAUAUUAAGGCUGUACCUAAUACAUCUUUGGACGCGUGAUCCUUGGAACGUAUGGAAGAGUAAGUAUCCUAAGGGAAUACUCCCCCAUACUUUUCAAAGAUGAAUUACGGAAAGAUGAAUUACGGACAGCUCUAAACAUACAGACGGAACUUCCCAAUGAGCCGACGGCGCAUCUAGCAAGUGGCAUGCCAUUUCGCUUAGUCAGAAUAAGCUCAGUGAAUAAAGAAUUCAUGGCGAAAUAAUCGAACUAUAGAGCUGCAACGUUUAAUUAUGGUCAUGGUGUCUUAUUCUGCCUCUUUACAGCAACGACAUUGUUUUAGUCCUGGCAGGAGCAGCUGUUCCACCUGGUGUAUCUUUAUAUAAAUAAUUUUCACUUAUUUUUGCACACCCGACAAUGAAGUUCUUCUAUAAAUGUUGAGAAUGACUACAAUGAUCCCACUUUUUUCUGUUCACCAGGUUCUCUAGGUCCCUCAGACAAACGAUCCGUAUCACCGCCCUCAUUUUCUCUCGCGCAAG